AUGGAGAAGGAAACGGGCUCAGUAAACACUUCUGCUACUUCAGAUACGAUCAUAGAUUUAACGUCCAGGUUGAGAGUAAAUGAUGAAGGUGCAGAUGUGCAGGAAACGCCCAACAGUGUCGAAACUAACCUAACAUCUACUCCUGCUUCAACUUCUGACGGGUGUUCCGGUACUAAUGCAGGGCCGGCUGUAGUACCUGCGACACUAACGACUAAGGUUUAUUAUCAUAUCGAUGUUGAAGAGAUGCCCUAUUGUACGGAGGUGCAAGUGCCUCCAGAAAAAAUUACUCUUGGAGAUUUUAAACGUGUACUUAAUCGUUCGAAUUUUAAGUUCUACUGCAAAGCGCCGUCUCCUGAUCCCGCAGUUUUCUCCGAAGUGAAGGUUGAGCUACGUGAUGAUAAUGAACCAUUACGACGUUCUGCAAAGGGGCAUUUUGAGCUUUUUCUGCAGACUUCAGAAGGGAGUACUCAUUCGGAUGGCUCAUCAAGUCAACCUUUAAAAGCGCCUCACCAUCACAUUGUACCCGGUCCAGCUCCAACCCGUUAUCCUCUGGACACGCUUGCCUAUCGUCGGGCUGUGCAACAGUUUGACCAAAGUUUGGCAUCAACAGAUUCAGAGUCUAUUAUUAGCGAUAUGCGUUUGCCCAUGCAUCUCAAGGCUAGUAUGGGUCGGCGACAGUACCAACCUCACUAUCUUCUACCUGCAGUGGGAGAGGAUGAUAAGGGAGAUGAAGAAGAAGAGAGUGAAGAGAUUCUUAUCUAA